AUGGCUGCCAAGAGAAACAUUUUGUCCUUGUUGGCAGUUUACAGGGAAGAUUCAGAGCCUGAAUCAGACAGUGAGGCUGGAGUGGAAGUGGUUGGGACUGUGACAGCAGCAGAGAAAAAGGGUGGCUUAGUGUCUGAAGCCUAUGGAAAUGAUGAUUUUUCAGGACUUGAGGAAGAUCAUGAUGGAUUGGAGGAAGGGGAGGAGGAAAAUAGAGAAUCAGAAGAUGAUUCAGAGACUGAAAAGCCUGAGGCUGAUGACCUAAAGGAGUUUUCAGAACUGGAAAAGAGGGAUACCCAAGAGCUGACUGACUCCUUCUCUGAGAGAGUCAGAAAUAUGUCUCCUGAUGAGAUUAAAAUCCCCCCAGAGCCACCUGGGAUAUGUUCAAAUCACCUCCAGGACAAGAUACAGAAACUCUAUGAGUUGAAGAUAAAAGAAGGGAUGGAUAUGAACUACAUUAUCCAGAGGAACAAGGGAUUUCAAAAUCCCAGCAUCUAUGAGAAGCUCAUCCAGUACUGUUCCAUUGAUGAAAUUGGCACCAAUUAUCCCAAGGAUAUGUUUGACCCCCAUGGAUGGUCUGAGGACUCCUACUAUGAGGCACUAGCAAAUGCACAGAAGAUUGAAAUGGCCAAAUUGGAAAAAGCCAAAAAGGAAAAAACAAACAUUGAGUGUAAGAAGGGCACAACAAUUAAUGCCCCAGUCACCAUGACCACCACAGCCAGGACAACAGUCAGAACUGCAGCUACAGAUGCUCAGAAGAGAAAGAGUAAGUGGGAUUCUGCUCUGCCAGUGACAACAAUAGCCCAGCCUACCAUCCUUACCACAACAGCUGCCUUGCCAGCUGUUUUCACAGUGACAACUAGUGCUACUGGCUCCAAGACCACAGUCAUCUCAGCAGUAGGCACCAUUGUGAAGAAAGCCAAGCAGUAA